AUGUGAGGACGUAUCAUGUGACGCCCGUGUGGCUCUGUUUGAGGCAGUUGCUGAGGCGCUUCCUCGCCGAGUGGAGGCAGAAAUGUGGUCCAGCGUUUGUAUUUGGCUGUUUUUUUGUGCUUUCACACCGGGAUCGUCUGAGAAGUUAAACCUCGGUGACGGAUUUAGCUUUGCAUCCUAUUAUGGAGACCACAUGGUCCUGCAGAGAGCUCCAGAGAGAGCUGUUGUGUGGGGGUAUGCCAGAAAUGGAAAUGAGGUGGAGAUUUCUCUAAUAGGACCACAAAGUAAACAAGUAAACUCUACGCCUAUAAUUAAUGGCAUUUGGAAGAUGGUCCUUGACGCAGUGCAGGCCGGUGGUCCCUAUAACCUGACUGCUGUGAAGAGAGGAGGUGCUGCAGCCAAGAUCGUGCUCACAGAUAUUCUGUUUGGAGAUGUUUGGUUAUGUGGUGGACAGAGCAACAUGGCUUUCACCCUGGCUCAGGUGAAUAAUGCUACAGAGGAAUUGGACCUUGUCUACAAGUUUCCUAACGUUAGAGUCUUCCAGGCUGCCCUGGAGCAGAGCCGUGUGGAGUUGCUGAAUCUUGCAGGGGUGGCGGUUCCAUGGUCCCGGCCCACACGAGAGAUCCUUGGGGGAAAAGACUUCACCCACUUCUCCGCUGUGUGCUGGUUGUUUGGCCGGUACCUGUACGAGACCUUGAAUUAUCCAAUUGGUUUAGUGGCGUCGUCCUGGGGCGGGACACCUAUAGAGACCUGGUCUUCUCCGAGAGCACUACACAUGUGUGGGAUCAAGACUUUUGAAAACAGAAGUCAUAUUUCGAAACAGAAGUGGGCUAGUUCCGUGUUAUGGAAUGCCAUGAUCCACCCUCUGCUUAACAUGACCAUUAAAGGAGCCAUAUGGUACCAAGGCGAAGCCAACGCAGAGUAUGACCAGGCAAAGUACUCGUGCACUUUCCCUACUCUGAUUGAUGACUGGAGGAUGGCAUUCCACCAAGGCUCAGAGGGGCAGACUGCACAGGAUUUCCCUUUUGGAUUUGUACAGCUCUGCACCUUUAGGAAAAACGUGAAUGACGGAUUCCCAGAGAUUCGCUGGCACCAGACCGCAGACUAUGGCUUUGUUCCUAAUGAACGCAUGAAGAAAACUUUCAUGGCUGUUGCUAUUGACUUACCAGAUGAGAAGUCACCUUGGGGCAGUAUUCACCCUCAGGAUAAGCAGGACGUGGCGCUUAGGCUGGUGAAGGGAGCCCGAGCUGUAGCCUAUGGGGAGAAGGUGCACUACCAGGGGCCUUUAGUCAGCAACGUCCUGAUUAACAAGAUUUUUCUAAACGUCACCUUCAAUGACAGGAUCAAAGCCACCCUUUCUAAUAACACCUUUGAGAUCUGCUGCUCUAAAGAGAAGAAACCAUGUGCUGAAGGUUCAGAAUGGUUUGCUGCACCGAUGAAGGGACAGGGCAGUAAUUAUGUUUUGGUAUCAAUAGCUCCGUGUCCCGUUGACAAUGUAGCAGCUCUGCGCUAUUCCUGGAGAGACUGGCCCUGUGCUUUUAAAGCAUGUCCCAUCUAUUGCGCAGAUGGAGACUUACCUGCUCCACCAUUCACCAUUAACCGCAGGCCAUCAAGCAGCUAACUUGAGUGUACUUGCCUUGAGCCCAACUCACAGUUGUGUUUGUGAGUAGAAUAAAUCGCAGCACGGUACCUGAUUCGUGAAUCUCCAAAUGCAGAGUGUUUUACACAUUUGUAGGCUGCUUUGUGGUGAUUGACCAGCAGGUGGCAGUAUUGUCACAGCACACAGAUACUAAAUGAUUCAGAUGCCUAAUCUGCACUGGCUGCACUGUUUAAUUUUUUAUCUUAAUGUUUGCACUUAUCUGUUUCAGGACUUUGAGACUGGUCUCUCAGUGGCAAAAUAGACAGAAUUGAAUGUAAUAAAUGUGUAAAUAAAUAUUUUUGUUCAUGUUAA